UCCUCAUCCACUUGAAACGAAGAUACGGACCAACAGAAAAGAAGCAUCUUCCUUCUAAAACAAUCCUCCCGAGAGCAUACCUCAGGUUGUCAACUGGACGAGAGAGAAUCUAUUCCACCAACCACGCACGCCAGGCACUAUGUGUAUCAACUAUAUCACCAUCAGCAUAACCGCUGGUCAAACAGUUACGACGUCCAACAUCACGGAAUGUGAGCGAAAGCCCGCUGGCAAGAGUCCGUCUGAAUGUCCCAGAUACAAGGAGAUCCAAGCCGCAUCGAGCCGUAAGAAGAAUGGGCUUCCCGAGUGGUCCAAGAAAGCACCAGGAGAGGCGAAAUGAGGGCGGUGUUUUAUUAGCCACGCGCGCUCCUGUUCAGAUUUGCUGUUGUUGUUCCAUGGAAGAGGAGUAGGGAGUCUUUCAUAUUGUUACGGGCCCUGGGCGGCCGUGCUAAGGGGCCUUCACAGAUCAGAUCCAUCAGAUCGUAUGUCAUCCUUUUACUACAUAUCAAUGAAUAAGAGAAGCUUCAUCUUAUAAUCAUAUUAGCUGAUCUAUAUAACUGGUAUUAUAAUAUCACGG